UAUUUAGUUAGUCGCGAUUUGUCGUCGGUCGUGUGUCGACGUUCGAUUCAAUAUAAAACGGUUUUGUUAGUUGUAAGUUAUUAAAUAUUCAGCAACGAUUGUCAUCGUGUGUGCCGGUUCCAUUAAAUAUUAUUUUAAAUAAUCAAUUACAAACUUGACAUUCAAUUUUUAUUUUAUAAUUUCAUUGCCUCGUAAACAUUAACAAUAUUAUCAGUUACAUUAUUUUGUCACUCAGUUAAGUUGUAAUUAUAAUAACAAUUAUAAUUCCGAUAAAAAUACCAAUUAACAGUUUUUCAUUAUUUUAUUGAUUAAUUAAUUAAACUGUCAGUUUUUAUGGCGGCGUAAUUUUAUCAGUUUAUUAUUUUUGGAAAUGAACUGCCGGAUUUCACACCCAUAGUAAAGAGGAGAAAAGUACCGGGAUGGUUCUGACCGUCACCGAAGAUACUCCGGCAGAUAUGCUCGCCGGGAGUAUGGAGCUCAUAGUCCAGCUGCCCAGAGAUCAUAAUACUCAUGCUGAACGUGUCACCGUUGAAAGGAGCACUGCGAUGAUGGAUCUCCUGGUGCAAAUAGCAACAGCACACAAAUUGGCGGCUUCGAGUUAUACUUUGCAAGCGAUUGGCGAACAAGGUCGGAUUUUGCCUCAUCAACCGAACACUCCCAUUGGUGCUCUGGAUGCUCUUGAGGUAAAAUUAUUACCAAAACAGGGGACAUUCAUUCCGAGAAAAACGAAGCAGGCGAGUCAACCAUUUGAAACAACUUUUAGAUUACAAGUCCAUCUGCCACGCAAUCAGCUGUACGUGUCGCGGGUGAGUCCCAAGACGAACCUCGGCGACAUUUUAUCAGAAGUUUGCCGUGAAAAGAACCUGGACAAGAAUAAAUACGAGCUAAGGCAUCCAGGUAACCACAAAGAAGUAUUGGACUUGUCAUUAUCUCUCCAAGAUUACCAACUCCAAGAAGUAACCUUGUAUGCAAAGCAAGGCCAGAGUCUGAGCUCAGCUCUGAGUUCCCAGGACAUAAUGGUCCUGCAGCGUCAAGAGGAGCGACGACGUCAUCAAGCGAAGCAAAGUAUCUUUGGGUUCAUGUUCAAGAAGUCCUCGAAGGAGAGCUCGUCGGUGAGCACCGAGAGCGGGAGCUACGGGGCGAGAAGUGUUUCUCCCGCGAGGAGCGACGACACUGGAAGAAGCAUAAGUCCCCUGGUCGCGCCGGUCCCGACAAGGCCACUGAGAAAAAGACGACCUGCGCCCAACCCUCCGUCUCGUCAAUCUGCGUCGAGGGAAAACGAUGUGGUUAACGCCAAGACUAAUAACAAAGACUGUGAGACCACUGAGGACAAGCUGGUAAUAACUCACAGUCGUAAUAGCAGCGACAGCUCUGGCUACCACGAGGCUUCAGUCCUCAGCGAUAAUCCGGAUUCUGCUGGUAGAAUGCCGGAAACUCUCCCCAGGAGAGCUCGCCCGCCCAGCAGCAAGUUGGAGCCGCGAAAACUCGCUCUGACUUCCCAGGCCAGCAAGAGCCUCUGUAAUUUAGCGAUUAGUUCUGGUGGGCUUAGUCAUGCUAAUAGUAAUACAUCAUUAAGCUCUACUGAAACGAAUUCAAGUAUUAGAAAGAAACGAGCAGCGCCUCAGCCGCCGGUGAGUAGGCCACUGUCCUCGGCGAUAUCAUCACAAGCCUUGGAGCGUAUUGUUGACUCAGAGGAGUCUCUAACUUCGGACAUGGGUGUAUCGAAGCCUCCGUCCGAUAUUGCUGCGUCAGAAACAGAAACUCACUCGAAAGCAAACUCGGACAUUGUAGUCAGCAGUGUUAGUCAUACCAUUAAGACCAGCGAUUUCAACUUUGACAGUCUUCCUAAACGGGACCUUGUUAAAUUGUCUAAAGACAGUAGCCCGAUAGAUAGAGAUGCUUUUGAGCCAGUCAAAAAAGCACCAAUACCUAUUGAAGUCUCUGUAGUUAUUGAGAAAAAAUCCUCCACUCCUGUUGAAAAAGUUGCGGUACCUCCUGCUCCUGUUCCUGUUGAAGCUUUAUGCCAAGAAAAUAAUUAUGUAGAGGCUAGAGUUAAAAGAGCUGGAAUUGCACCUAUUCCUAAACCACGUAAUAAAGGGCCAGUAGUUCCAAAGCGUGUAAGCUCAGCUUUGUCAGCAAAGACCGCUAGCGAAGUAGAACAAAGUUUACCGACGACUAACGAAGACAAUGAUCAGGAGUCGAAAAUAAAAAAUAAAUCUGAAACUGAGGAAGAAAUAAAGGAAAAUUAUGACCCUGUAACUUUAAAUGUUGCUGGAGUAACUAGUGAGAGCUCGAGUGCAUUAAAUUCGGAUCUCUCCUCGAGAUCGCCGGAUAUGGAAGCUGCUGGUAGAACAAAACUGGACAUAGAAAGCCCUUGGAAUGCAUUGUCUAGCAGCAACACGCCUAACAAAGAACAAUAUCACCCAUUUAUAACAACUGGCACUAAUUUAAGUCUACCUAUGGAAAACUUAACACACUCUACCCAGCCCGAGGAAGGGGAACACUGUAGUCAAGGGACAGGGAAAGCAGGGAAUGAAAGUCAAACCGAAAUCGAUCGUCUGCUAGAAAAAGUAUCAACAACUCUGGCCAGCGUUAUUCCGUCCGAGGAGCGAGCCAAGUCCAGCGAAAUAAAACCCACUGAUCCGGAAAAAAUCUCUGAAUUAAAUAAAACUCAAGAUAAUUUAUCACCCAACAACAACAACAACAACAACAACAACAAUGAAAAUUCAGAUGCACAAAACUCAACAUAUAAUUCACAGCAAGACACUUCAGACUAUGUAUCAGCAAACGGAGAAGAUUUAUCAGGUACAGAAUGGGAGUAUCAAUUGCCAGACCCACCUUCUGCAUUUCGGGAUGAGACAGGAUCGCUGGAUAGCUAUGAGACAAUAACACUGCGCUCUGUAGAAGCAUUCAAGGACCCGAUUGCAAUUGACGUAGACGUUGUCGAUAAAGCUAUCAAGAAAUUAGACCGCGUCCUAGAUAAUUUCGAGGACAAAAAACCAGAAAGCGACAAUUCUUUGGAAAAUAAAAACGUCGAGUUAAGAAGAAAUGUUAUCACCGAAUUGGAGAGCAAGAUUGAAAACGGCUGUUUGAAUCAAACUAACAACCCGUCUGUUGAGUCAAGAAAAUCUUCUAUUGAAACAUCUACACCCAAAGUUGCUCCAAUUGAAAAUACUUUGCCGAAUUUUACUAUUACAACUUAUGCGAGACAAAAAAGCUUGAAUAUUUUUGACGCUAAAGAUUCCACGCCAAAAAAUGUCAAUCAUGCUGACGAGAGAAUUGUUAAAACUUUUGCGACUUUGUCAAGAAAUAUUAAUGGAAAUUCUAUUUCUAAAUUUAAUAAUAAUAAUAAUAAAGAUUUUGAAGUUGAAAAAAAAUUACCUGAUAAAGAAAAAGAAUUUUCAACCAAUCCAGUGCACCGUUCAAAAAGUUACAUUGUUUUGACAAAUAAUUCCAAGUACCGAGAAUUUAAAACCAUUGAUGUGGUUGACAGUAGCAAUAAUAAUAAUAAUAAUAAUAUGAUCAAGUCAACAAGUGUCACUAAUUUAAAUCACAACACUUGUGAGACUAAUGGCACCCAAGAAGAUACCAAGCCGGCUAAUUAUUCAAAAUUAUUAUCAAAUAAUCCCCAAGACCGAGGAUUGCAAUCCGUUCAACUACUAAAGAGUAUUUUGCCGCAAUUAAAAAGCACUCUGGAUGAUAAUCAAUCCGGUGAGAAUAAGACUAAUGAUAAAUCCGGUCAAGUUAAAUUGAACGCUGAUGAUAAAUCUGGAGAAAAUGAAUCUCCAGUACGGAAAUCAAACCCGGAGGAGAUAAAGCGUUACAGGUACACCGGACCACCUGCAAUAAGUCUCGGUAGUUGGUCAGAACGUCCUCGUGCUAAUGUCCAGAUAAAAAUGGACACUGAUUAUAAAUUUGGCGCUAAUACAAAUACCAGCGGUAAUAAAACACUUGUUAAUUUAAACAGCCCGAGUGACAACGUCGGCUCUAAUAAUUGUAGUAAUUAUGUUAAAACUUUACCAAAGAGUAUCAAGAGUAAUUUUGAUUGUAAUGAUAGUGUGGUAUCUGUUAAGCGCGGCGAUAGUAAAAUUAAUGCGUUCUCUGGAGGCAAUAAUAAUAAUAAUAUUAAUAAUAAUGUUAAUAAUGAAGACUCGGAAUUUAAGAGGUUUAAUAUUGCAAAAUUACAUACGAGAACGAAAGACGAGGACAAACCGGUCGUAACAAAUGUCGAACUGAAGAAAUCUCAUAAUGACAAACCGGAAUUUAAAGUCACUGAUGAUGAUGAUAAUAAAAUUGAUACCAGACCGGUUAAUUUUAAAGAACUAACUCAAGCUUUCGGUAAAGUUAAUUUAAGAUCUAAAAAUAAUUCCAAGUACAAUUCAGUUAAUCGUUACUCGGAUAUUUUUGACGGAAGGUCCAGUGUUGAGGCAGCUAAUAAUAAAAAUCCAAUUAAAGUGUCUGCUGCUAAUGGACCCUUCAAACCUCCCACAGUAAAUUCAAAUGGCUUGGUUAAAAAGUACACAUCCGUUGUUGACAUCGACCACCACCUUAAUGGGCAGAAAAAGUUUAAUAAUAAUAAUACCAUUACUAAGCUAAACGGUCCCGCGACGGCUCCCAAGGGGUUCAAAGUUCAGGCCAAUAAAAUUUCACAGGUGCCACCGCCCCCGACGAUGCCAAUUAUUACUGGUGUGACGCUAAAAAAUAAUAAUAAUUGUCGUGCCAGGCCUUUGUCAAUGCCGGUUGGUAAAGACUCCCGGGAUCAGCUGCUGGAGUCUAUUCGGUGUUUUGGACGAGAUAAAUUGAGGAAUGUCAGCACUGUUUCUUGAAUUUAUCGAUUUUUGUUUUGUUUGUUAAUUUUUUCAUUAAUUGUAUUGUUGUAUAUUGUUUAAUUAAAUUUAUUUUAAGAUUAUAUUUUUGUAAUGUAGAAAGUCGGGUCAGACUUGAUAGGUCGGUUAAUUUGGAGAAAAAAAAAAAAAAAAAAAAAAAUAUUUAUUAUUUUAUUAAACAAGCGCCAGUAGCGGUUUGUUGACUCGAGUUGUAAUUAUUGUGUAAUUAUAAAUUUAUUAUUUAGUUUAGUUGUUACUGUCAAGCUCAAUUGUAACGACAGGCAAUUUAAUUAGCAGUGGAAAUCUAAUCAAAUUGAUAUUAAUAUUUGCUGUAAAUAGCUUGCGCUUAGUUAUUGUUAUAUUACAUGCAUUCAAAUUUCUUUGAGAGAAAUAACUGCGGAAAUUACGU